ACUAGCCUACAUUUGGAUGACACACGGUAGUCGCCGGUUAUGAAAAGUGCAAUAAAUUGUUUUACUUUCAGUAACUAUCCGUGCAGUUAUAUAAUCAGACAGGUUAGUUAGUUAAUCAUUUACUCUACACCAACUGGUGCUGCUCGUUUAUUUGCUACUGAAUGACUGUCCGUAACCUACAACAGAGUUGUUAGUUGUCGCCUUGAUUAGAGCGCAGUCACAAUGACCGCGUUAAAAUUCUGCGCAAAUAUCUCCUGGUUGUUUACGGAGUUGCCCGAAUUUACUCAAAGGUUGCAGGCGGCUGCGACCGCUGGCUUUCGUGCUGUUGAAGCUGCUUGGUUGUAUGACUGCGACAUUGCAAAGCUUGCCGAAGCAAAGAAACAAACAGGUCUUGAAGUUGUGCUGCUGAAUACUCCUCCGGGGGACAUGAAGGGUGGUGACCUUGGUCUGGGGGCCGUGCCAGGCCGAGAGCAGGAGUUCAGAAAGGGCCUGGAGCUGGCUGUGCAGUUUGCCAAAGCACUGGACUGCAAGAGGAUCCACUUGAUGGCGGGGAGGGUACCUGUGGGGGCGGACCGCUCGACUGUUGCCAUGGAGAUGGAGGCCACCUUUGUCCAGAACCUGAAACACGCUGCAGAUGUCCUCUCAAAGGAAGGAAUUCUGGGCCUGAUUGAGCCUAUCAACACCAGGAUAACCGACCCACUGUAUUUUCUGAACUCUCCACAUCAGGCAGUUGAUAUUCUGCAGAAAGUCGGCCACUCCAGCAUUAAACUGCAGAUGGAUGUCUACCACUGGCAAAUAAUGGAUGGAAACUUGACACAGAACAUCCGGAAGUACUUCCCCCUCAUAGGUCACGUCCAGAUCGCCCAGGUGCCGGGCCGGCACGAGCCGGACAGUGCGGGAGAGCUGAGCUUCCCCUACCUCUUCAGCCUGCUGGAGGAGCUCGGCUACCAGGGCUACAUCGGCUGCGAAUACAAACCGGCGGGCUCUACGGUGGAUGGUUUGAAGUGGGCUCAGGAUUACUGGAGUUGUCACAAGUGAAGUGCAAGCAGCCACAUGAGCAUUCAGGAGAUGACUUGUGGAAAGACUUCAACUGUAGGCAUCUUUUUAAGAUGCAUGAAUUGACUCGAAAACACAACGAAGGAUUAAGGACACCAUGCAGCAAACCGUUUGGAUGUUCAUCAGCCAUUUCAUUCAGACUGUAUAAAAAAGGCUUGUAUCAGACUGAUUCAGGAUUAUCCUAUUUGACAUCUUUUGUUUAAUCAUUAUUUGGCCAGAUUACAAAUGAUCCAGUGAGCCCCCCAUUCCAAUUUGAACAUUUAGCAAUGCAAGCAAGCGACUACAAAACAUUGACCACUGCAUGUUUUGGCUAAAUGUUUUAACAUUCCAUUAAAAAUCUGGUCAAAUGAAAAAUAA